AUGGCUUCAAUCGGUCUUUUGGAAAAUGGAGAGGAAAUUCGACGACAAGACGCUUGCAAUGAGGGAGAUGACAGGGCAGUGCUUUCGAGGUUGGGGGCGCCAGGAGAAUGGAAUCUCUGUGUCCAAUCUGUACAAUCGUAUGUUGAAUCCCGCCGUCUGUCUGCAAGUCGGCCCAGAGAGCUCAAGAUUCGCCAAGGCAUCAUUAUGCGACGGCUCAAGCAGAUCAAUGACGACAGAUGUGCCAAGCUGAUUCAUGCAAACAAGAGCACACUCCGACGUUUCAGAAUACAUCCCACACAUGCCCGGAUACAGUUGUCAGUGAAAUUCACCCGCCGGGAAAAGAAGAUUACAGAUUAUCCAUUACGUCAUAUUAUCUUGUUUUUCCAACUGCCCUCACGGGGGCACAUCGACUGUAGACCAGAUUCGAGAGAGGGCGGAUAG